AUGAAUUUGAUUCAAACACCAUAUGAUAAAGAUAUUGUGGAUAUUGGUAAGAGUGUUUAUAGAACUUUAUAUGAAAAUGCAAUUGGUUCAUCAGAGUUCCGUGGUAUUACAUCAAGAAGGAGAUUCAACGAUCAUGAAGAAAUGGUCAACUUUAUUAGGGAGCACAAGCCAGCAACCGUGAACAACUUCUGUCGUGUAUUUGGAAGACUUUUAGUUACAAUUUGCCUAGGGAAGGAGUUUGAAAUGGUCAACAAAACUACACAUGCAUUGGAAUUAAGUUUAAUUGAAGAUAUUAAAGAAAUGUCUAGCACCGAGCAAGUUUCAUUAGUUCAGGAUUUGAUUGGAAAUUUUAUUCAUAACAACGGGUCAUUAAUUGUUGCUGUGUUUCCUUUUUUCCUUAUGAAGGACAAAACAAAUUAUUGCCUGGAAUCAGAGUGCCUAAAAAGAAUUAAUUGCUUGAAAAAUGUAUGCAAGUAUGCAAUGGCCACCACCAGAGAAAACCUUAUGAGAUAUGAGCAACAUCUAUCAAGAAGAUCAGCUGAGAUUCCAGGUUUUAUUUUCACACAUAAUCUUUUCACACGCCUUUUAGAUGAUAUGUCAAAGUAUGCAAGUAUCAAUGUCAUAGCUAUAGACGACAAUACAUGUUUAGUCGAAAACACACAAAUUGCUAGAAGUCAUCUCACCGAAAUAUAUGAAAAAGCCAAAACUAGUUUUACAGAGGCAUGGGAAAAUAUUUGUUUAUUUAGUAAAACAAAAACGGAUAUGAGGGUGGUAUAUCAAAUAUUUGCAAGGGAUCAACAAUUUCAAACAACAAGCUUUUUACCAGAUAGACUUGAAUUAAUUUUUGAUGCUGAAAAUAUAAAAAUAGAUGAUAAGGGACUGGUCUUGAAGUGGAUUGAAAAAGCAACAUUGGCUCUCAUGGUUGUCAUUUAUAUUAGUUCCAUGAAUUCGUUCAGAGUCCCAGAGUUGAAUACACUAAACUUCAGGGCUCGGAAUUUUGCUAAAAGAAAUUUGCUUUUUAUCUCAGGUAAGCUAUUCAUCCAAACGUUGUAUAAUAAAAACAAGCAAGAAGAUCCUCGAUUACGUUGCUAUUCAACAGAAGUUACAAUAAUGAUGGUUGCUUUUAUAUAUGCUUUAAAACCUUUGCAAUUUACAUUAGUGGAGCAGGACUUAACUACUUUUACAUCAAGUGAUUUCCGUGGUGAGGUGAGUGGUACAGCAUGUUUUCAAACGUUCUGCUUUGUCGAUAAUAGUGGUAGACUAAUAACUGCAUCAAAAUUCAGCCGAUUUCUACAAUCUUUAAUUACAUAUAAGAAAAUUGGCAUCAUGAUCUUAAGACAAGCUAUUUCAUACUUUGCGAAAAGGAAUUUCCCAAGAUUAAUGAAUCACGCAGCAGCAGAAUUUAUGGAAAAUUUACAGGGUCAUACAAUGGAAACUGGUGAAAGAUCAUAUGGUCAAGAUAUAAACAGUAUUGGAAUAUAUUUUUCAACAUAUAAAUUCGAUGCUACCAUUGAGCUUUUUGAAAAAUGGUGCGAAUACCUCCAAAUUUCCGGUAAAUCAAGUUUAACUAAGACAACUGAAUCAAAGAAUCAAGUAAAUUUUGGAUUAUUCGACAUGAAUCAAAUCAAUUCAGCAAUUUUGGGUCAGUUUCCAGAUUUCGAUUUUUCAAGCUUUCAAUAUCAUGCCAUUUUGCAAAUUGCUCUAGGUAAAUCAAAAUCACUUUUAAUUGCUGCCACUGGUGCUGGUAAAACUUUUUGUGCAUCAUUACCCAUGCAAUUGUUUAAAAGAUUGACAAACAGGAGGUUUCUCCAUGUAUUAGCUGUUCCUACUUUGAAAUUGAAAGAUGAGAUGUUGCUAAGCCUUGAGGAGGAUUUUUCCGUACUUGACGGUGAUGAUUUUGGUGAAAUCGUAGAGAGUACUGAUAUUGUUGUAUGCUGCUUUGAUUUGUUAAAGAGUAAGGAGUUUGAAGAUUGUUUAAUAAUACACAGGGAAAGACUUGGUUUUAUUGUUUUAGAUGAAGCAAACUUGAUUGAAUCAGCACCAGUUUUCAGAAGAUUUUAUAAGAUAAAAGCAUCGAUUGUUGAUUUAUUUCAGAAACAGAUAUUAUUGUCAGCAACUCGAAGGCCAACCACAAAAGAUUACUUAGAAAGGCAGUUUAAAAUUAAGCUUCAUGAGAUUAAUGGUAUCACAGAUGAGGGUGAUGGAGAUGUUACAAUGAAUUUAUAG